GAAUAGUAGUAAAAGGCAAGAGAAGCUUAUGAGUGCAAAAUAAAAUUAUUAAUAAAAGUAAAUGAUUACGCCGGUUAUUAGUUUAGUUGACUCUAAGUUGUUUCACGGUGUUGAUUAAGCAUCGAUAUUCCGUCGAUACACAUGUGUUAUGUAGUUGAUAAAUAGAUUUUUUCGCAUAAAAAAUUCAAUAAAAAUCCAUUUGAAGUAUUCAAGUAGUAAUAUAUAUGAAACCAAGAAUAAAGAGUUUCGAGUAUUAAAGGAAGUGGACAAAAGUCACAAAAGAUCCAAAUGAGUACGAAGGAUUAUCAGGAUUUAAACAACGUUGUGUUACUUAAUACUUUUCAAAUCGAUAAAAAAAGAUAUCGGGUUUUUUAUAAUAAUGAAACGCUGAUAUGGGAAAAAGAAAAAUCCAACAAAAACAAAAUUAGCAUUCCGAUUCACGAUGUGAUUAGUGUGAGUUAUCCAAAUAGGAAGAACUCGUCGACAACAUCAACGCCACAACAUACACAACAAGCGUUUCCUGUUCUUAACACAACGACGUCAUAUAAUUCAGUCGAAAUACAAAAUAAUAGUAUCAAUAAUGUAGACGAUUUUCGUUGUUUUACGAUUAAUUAUGCAAAGCGGUGUAUUGAUCCAAAAGUCCAGGAUGUCGGAAGUGCAAGUUCAAAGAAAUCGUGCCAUAACAUUAACAACUGGAGAAUCCAUAGCAUCACACUGCACAAUAAUGACAAAUAUAUAAUUAAAGAAUGGCAUGAUACUCUAUCCAAAAUCUUAAAUUCUCUUAAACGUCCUCGGAAAUUAUUAUUAUUUAUAAAUCCGUACGGUGGUAAAAAGAAUGCACUUCAACUAUAUGAAAAGUACGCGAAACCAAUAUUCCAAAUGGCCAAUGUCGAUGUCAGUGUCAUCAUUUCUCAAAGACCCAAUCAAAUUUUCGAUCUUGUGAUGCAGCAGCAUUUGGACCAAUUUGAUGGUAUAGCAUGUAGUGGAGGCGAUGGAACAUUUUCGGAAUUGUUUAAUGGAUUAAUUUAUCGGAAAAUGAUGAAUGAACAUUCCAGUAGCCUUGAGAACAAUGAGCAGUUAAAUAUAGAUUUUGAUAAUAUUCAAACUCCUGAUAUCCCUUGUGGUAUCAUACCCGCUGGAUCAACAGACACAAUCGCAUAUUGUAUGCAUGGUACAACAGACGUUAAAACCUGUAUAAUACACAUUGUGUUGGGACAAACUACAGGUCUUGAUAUUUCGAGCAUAUCAACUGAUAGAGGAUUAAUAAAAUUCUAUGCAAGUGUUGUUGCUUAUGGCUACCUCGGUGAUAUUGCAUUUGAAAAUGAUCAAUAUAGAUUCCUUGGACCUAAGCGAUAUGAGUAUGUUGGAUUUAAAAAAAUUCUAAUGAAUCGUGGCUAUGAUGCAGAAUUAAUGUUACUUCAGGAGCCUGAAAGCAAUUCAUCUCAAGUAAAUGAAAAUUCUAAUGUCUGUGAUAAUGAACAAGAAUUAAAAUGUUAUGAAAACUGCAAUGUUUGCUCAAAGCCUAGAACAUAUAACAACAACAACAACAACAAUACCGACGUAAUUAAACCUGAUAACGAAGGUGAUGAAAAAUAUAAGCGAAUAACGGGAAAAUUUUUUAUGGUGAAUUCUGCAAACAUUUCGUGUGCUUGUGAACGUUCACCGUCAGGAUUUUCGCCAUACUGCCAUCUUGGCGACGGAUAUAUGCAUCUUGUUCUCGUGCGUCACGGUGGAUUUUUUCAAAACAUUAAGCUAUUGUUAAAACUUGCGAGUAAAAAAGGACAAAUUGCGGAAUAUCCAUUUGUUGAACUUUAUAGAACAAAGAAAUUUUACUUUAAAGCUUUAAAUAGUAACAGUGAAGGAAGUCUGACUGACUCGACGCUUCCAAUUUCUGUGGGUCCGAAUAGAUAUAGCAGUGUUUGGAAUUGUGAUGGCGAAGUUGUGCAGGAUACGGAUGUUGUAGUUCGAUCUCAUAGGCAACUUUUAACUGUCUAUAGACGUGGAGCUAUUUCUGAAGACGCAGUGGAAUCGUCUAAUGGCUGUUGCUGUUGUUGUUAAAUGACGUUCGAUUAGUCAAAUUGAUAGUAAAAACAGAGAUUUACAAUUUCGAAGUAUCAAUAAGGGUGGAUACAAGCAGGAAUUAUCUAAAAUGAAAAUUCAUUUAGAAUUGACAAUAUUUUCGUUUUUUAAAAGACAUCAAAAAUUGCAUUUUAAAUUCCUUAGGUAAUUUUAAAAAUGAUUUCAAAUUUGGCUAAUCUUUAAAGUUUCAAUUUUAAAAAUGAUUCCAAUUUUCAACUUGGUCAAAUCAAAAAUUAUAAUAUUAAACUUAAACCGUUAUAAACAGAUUUUAAUUUAUCUUUAAAAGAAUGUGCUAUAAAUUUAAGAAACAAGGCUAGACGAUUAAAGAUAAAAUUUAUUUGAGAUUUUAACAUUCUAGUCUUAAAAAUCAUGAAAACAUUAAUAUUGUAACAAGAAAAUGCAAUUUUGUUCUGAUUUAAUGAUAAUUUUUCUUCACUUAGAUUCUAAAAUAUUUUAUUCCAAUUAAAUUUAUUAAACUCAUAAUUACUAGUUAUGGUUUUUUAAGCUUUGAAGAAUAUUUAUUCAAGAAAAAUUGUCACAAAUUCGAGCUUAGAUAUGAUAUUAAAAACUUUAGGAGUUUACAAAUUUAAUUAAUAUUUUUCUACAUGUAAUAAGAAUUAAAUAGUAAAUAUCAAAAGUCUAUAGACAAAGCCAGUGAAAUUAAAAUUAAAGAUUAAAAAAAAUUUGUAUUAGUAUUGCAUUUUAAAAAACUAUAGUUUUUUUUAUAAAAGAUUAUUAUUUUAUUUUAUAUUACAAAAUGACUUACUUUUUGUCGCAUAUUUAUUUUGUUUGAAUUUUUAAUUUUUUUUUUGAUAGUUUAAUUAUCCAAAUGCAUUACAAUAAAACUAUUUUCAAAAUUAUUCUUAAGGAUUAUUAUCUGUGGGAUUUGUUUUAAUUUUUGAUUGAUUGAAAAUUAAAUACACUUAAAAU